AUGUUGAAGUUAACCCAGUGGCUUUGGGGACUGGGGCUCUUGGACUCUGCCUGGGCUGCCCUGACCAUGGGAGCUCUGGACCUGGAACUGUCUUUCCCCUGCCAGGAGGUCCUAUGGCCACUGCCUGCCUACCUGCUGGUGUCCGCUGGCUGCUAUGCCCUGGGCAUUGUGGGCUAUAGUGUGGCCACAUUUCACGACUGCGAAGACGCAGUCCGAGAGCUGCAGAGCCAGAUCCUGGAGGCACAAGCAGAUUUAACCCGCAACGGGCUAUGCUUCUGACACCUUCGCCCAUUCCUGUCGGGACAUCCUUCCUCAUUCCCUAUUAAAGUGAAGUUUUAUUUUCUUAAAAAUAAAUAAAUAAAACUUUAAAAGAA